GCCAACCUCACAAACAUGAAUAUACAUAUAUUAUGUUUUCUUAUUAAAGAAAUACAUUAUUGUACUUUAAAUAUUUGCAUGACAAUGACCACAUAAUGCUUCUAAAACCAUAGAUUUGUUGUACGUGCCCAUUCCUCUCAUUCUACUAGAAAUUCAGAUGGAUUUGAGCCUGCAAAGGUGUUUGAGAACCAAGAGAGCUCCAUAACCCAUGGAGAGAACUCUCUUCACUCCAAGAGAAACACACUUUUCAUUCUCCUCCAACCACCACAUCAUCCAUGGUCAUCCAAACAUGCAAAGCACCAAUAAUCAGCCCCAAACUAGCCACACAUCGACUAGUCGGUCUUCAGAUUUCGGUGAGCCAAACACAGACGGAAAAUGGGCUUCAAGGCUUCUUAGGGAGUGUGCGCGAGCAAUCUCUGACAAGGACUCAACCAAAAUCCAUCACCUUCUAUGGAUGUUAAACGAGCUCGCCUCUCCCUAUGGUGAUUGCGAUCAAAAGCUAGCAUCUUAUUUCUUACAAGCCCUCUUUUGUAAGGCAACUGAAUCCGGCCUACGAUGCUUCAAAACCCUAACUUCUGUUGCUGAAAAGAACCACUCCUUCGAUUCAGCAAGGAAGUUGAUACUCAAAUUCCAAGAGGUAAGUCCAUGGACAACUUUUGGUCAUGUAGCAUCAAAUGGGGCUAUAUUAGAAGCCUUAGAAGGAGAGAGCAAACUUCAUAUAAUUGACAUAAGCAACACACUUUGCACUCAAUGGCCUACUUUGCUAGAAGCCUUGGCCACAAGGAACGAUGAGACACCGCGAUUGAAGCUCACUGUUGUGGUAACUACUAGCAUUGUAAGCUCAGUCAUGAAGGAGAUAGCCCAAAGAAUGGAGAAGUUUGCGAGGUUAAUGGGAGUACCCUUUGAAUUUAACGUGAUAACUGGUUUGAAUCACUUGGGAGAGCUCACAAAGGAGGGACUAGGUGUCCAAGAAGACGAAGCUAUAGCGGUGAAUUGCAUUGGGGCUUUGCGAAGAGUCGAAGUAGACGAAAGGGGGUCAGUGAUACGGAUGCUCCAAUCCCUUCGUCCUCGUGUUGUGACUGUUGUUGAAGAAGAAGCUGAUUUUUCUAGCUCUAGAAAUGACUUUGUCAAGUGCUUUGAAGAGUGCCUUAGAUUCUACACAUUGUACUUUGAGAUGCUAGAAGAGAGCUUUGUCCCAACUAGUAAUGAGAGACUAAUGCUAGAAAGGGAGUGCUCAAGAAGCAUAGUUAGGGUUUUGGCUUGUGAUGACGAAAAUGGUGUAUUGGGAGAUUGUGAGAGAAAGGAAAGAGGAUGUCAAUGGUCUUUGAGGCUCAAGGAGGCUUUUUCACCAGCUUCAUUUAGCGACGAUGUUGUUGAUGAUGUCAAGGCACUGCUAAAGCGAUAUAAAACCGGGUGGGCUCUUGUGCUACCGCAAGGAGAUGACUCAGGACUUUACUUGACAUGGAAAGAAGAACCGGUAGUAUGGGCUUCGGCGUGGAAACCCUAAAAAAUGGUCAGAUCACCAUUAUUACUACCCUAUGUUCAAGCUUAGAAUGACAUUGUUGAUUUAUAUUUGGAAGCCAUGAACACAUAUAGACUACUAGUUGAUGCAUAAUUGUAAUUUUAUUUUUCUAUGGGUCCAGCUUUUCCUAUGCUUUGUGCUUGGUAGUUUGUGCUGCUUUUUGUUUUUGCUUUUCUUCCAUUGUAGUUGUUUGAAAGUGUUUGCACCUUGUGCUUGUGCCUCUUUUAUAAAACUCCAUAUCACACUACAUUUCUCA